UUUUCCCUGACUCGUUAGAGUUUUGUCCAGCAAUUCACCAUCUUGGAAUGUAUUUAAGUAGUAGUAAAUUGAUAUUUAUUAUUUAUCAAACAAGUGUCAAUAGCUAAUUUGAAUAAAAUAAUUUCGUGUAGUUUAGUUAAAAUUCUAAAAUAUGAUUCUUUGAUAGUGGUAUGAACAGUUAAGUCACAAAAUGACAGAAGGGUGGACUUGAUUUUAUUAAAUGAAAUAGUCUAUACAUAAUUGUUAUUGUAUACCUUAUAUUUAUUGUAAAAUAUAUAUAAUAAUUUAGUAAUAAUGGGUAAACAAAAUGGGUCAUGUUGGUGGUGUGUUAAAGCAUUUAAAUGGGUACCAGUUAUUUUUAUUCUUACAAUUGUGUUCUGGUCUUAUUAUGCGUAUGUAGUACAGUUGUGUUAUUAUACUAUUGAUAGUUACAUUCAAAAGACUUUAUACCUGAUAUUUUUUCAUAUAUUCAUCGCGAUGUUUUUGUGGUCUUAUUGGAAAACUGUCUUUACAGAUCUAAUUUCUGUUCCUGAAGUGUUUAAAGUCCCUCUGUCAGAAGUUGAGAAGCUACAACAAGCACAAAGUGAAGAAGCGCAAUGUGCAAUACUCGAAAGACUCGGACAAAACUUACCCGUUUCUAAUCGAACAAUUAGAGGAGCGAUUCGCUUUUGCGACAAGUGCCAGUUAAUAAAACCUGAUCGUGCUCAUCAUUGCAGCGUAUGCCGCGCAUGUGUAUUAAAAAUGGAUCAUCAUUGUCCUUGGGUCAACAAUUGCGUAGCCUACCACAAUUAUAAAUUUUUCAUAUUAUUUUUGGGGUAUGCGUUAAUUUAUUGUGUAUUUAUUGCCAGUACGACGUUGCAAUAUUUUAUACACUUUUGGAAGGGUGAAUUAGAUGGUAUGGGAAAGUUCCACAUAUUAUUUUUGUUUUUCAUCGCUCUUAUGUUUGCAGUCAGUCUGAAUUCUUUGUUUUUUUACCAUUGUUACCUCAUUUUACAUAAUCGAUCAACAUUAGAAGCAUUUAGACCACCCAUGUUCCGAAUGGGCAAAGAUAAAGAUGGAUUUAAUAUUGGAAAAUAUAACAACUUCCAAGAAGUGUUUGGUGAAAACAAAAAACUUUGGUUUCUUCCUAUUUUUACAAGUCUUGGAAAUGGAGUGGUCUAUCCAGUACGCGCGCAACAUCAAGGUCCGAGUACAUACAACUCAAUGGGAAAUACACAAAACAGGUGUGCCCUUGAGAUGAAUUUGAUAGAAGGAGGAACUAUUAUUGCACUUGGUGCUGGCACUGCUGUUGUAGGACCUCUUGUGGAAGCCAGUGAACCUUUGGUGAAUUCAGUUGAAAUACUCUGAUAUUUAUUUCAAAUAAACAGUCACGAAAACAUUAAAUUUUAUUUUCAAAAUAAAUUUACGUUUGUAUUUUAAUAAUGCUGUAAAUGAAAAAUACAUUGUGGAAAAGAAUAAUAAAACGAAUCGAAUUUGAAUAGGAAAUUUCAAAUUAGUGACAUAGUCAUAAGAAAAAUUUUCUGACCAGGCCUGAUAUGAAAGUUAGCUAAAUUAAGCUUAUAGAGUUAAGUUAAACUACAUUUAAAUAUUAUUACUCGAAAAUAAUAUUUUAUAACGAUAUAAACAAGCAUUUCUAAAGAUCUUUUUAAAUCGAUUAUUUUGCCGCGAAUAAUAGGUGGAUUUCUUAUUUCUCUCUUUUAUAUUUCAAAUCCUUAUGUUUAUUUAUAAAUAAACAUUUAAAUAUCUCCGAAAUACUCUUUCCUGGAUUCGAAAACACGAAUUAAUGACCGAAAUACCGACAUUAAAUAUGAGACUAGACAAUUAGUUACGGUAAGUAAAAAACUAGUUGUAAAUUGAAUUCAUAUCAUCAAA